AUGAAGGCCUCACUCGCCUUGCUCAGCUGCCUCGCGGUGGCCCAGGCCCACUUCGCUUUCCAGCCCAUCCAGCCUCCUCUGAGGGCCGAAGAUGAGGAGGAAGGCAUCCUCUCCAAGAGAGAAGCCGGUUUCUUCGAGCAGCUCAUCGAUCACAAUGAUCCGUCACUCGGGACCUUCCAGCAGAGAUACUGGUGGAACUCCACGUACUGGGAGGGACCUGGUUCUCCGGUGGUGUUCUUCACGCCUGGAGAAUCAGAGGCCGCCCCUUACACCGGAUACCUCACGGAUCGGGCCAUCACAGGAGCCAUCGCCAAGGCAAUUGGCGGUGCUGUCGUUAUGGUUGAGCACCGUAACUGGGGAACCUCCCUGCCGUAUGCGGUCCAAGAUACAAAGAACCUCCAGCAGCACACCAUGACGAAUGCCGUUCUCGACUUUGCCAACCUCGCCCGCAACGUCCAGCUGCCUUUCGAUAAGAACGGCAGCAGUAACGCCCCGCAGGCCGUGAGUAUCAAGACCGAAACUUUCCAACCCUGGGUAUACACCGGCGGAUCAUACUCUGGCGUUCUGGCCGCAGCCAUCGCGAAGCUCGCUCCGGGGACGUUCUGGGCCUACCACUCCAGCAGCGGUCCCGUCGAAGCGACCUACGACUACUGGGGCUACUUCCUCCCCAUCCAGAACGGCAUGCCGAAGAACUGCAGUCGCGACUUUGAGCGAAUCGUCGACCACGUCGACAACGUUUUGCUCACCGGUAGCGAUGACGAGAUCUACUCCCUGAAGAAGAAGUUCGGCCUCCAGGACCUCGCUCACAAGGAGGACUUUGCCUCUGCUCUGAUCGGACCCCUUGGCUACUGGCAAUCCAUCCAGCUGUACUCGGGAUACUCCGCCUUUUACGAAAUGUGCGAUACCGUCCAAGGCGCCAUUGGUAACUUCUCGGCACCCAACGCGACCUACAGCGCAAACGGCGUUGGCCUUCCGAAGGCUCUGGACAACUACGCCAACUGGUGGAGCACAAACUACCUCCCGGGUACCUGCGCAUCCUACGGCAUCGAGGAGUGGUCAGACCCCAUGAACGUCGCCUGCUUCGACAGCUUCAACGCUACGAGCCCCAUCUACACUGACUGGAGCGCCGAGAACCCGUUCGGUCGGACGUGGUACUGGAUGACCUGCAACGAGCCCUUUUUCUACUGGCAGACUGGUGCUCCCAAGGAUCGUCCCUCCAUUGUCUCGCGCUUCGUUACACCGGAGUACUACCAGGGCCAAUGCGACCUCUUCUUCCCCAGGCAAGGCGAGUUCACCUACGCCUCCAACGCAGGCAAGACCGCCGCGGACCUGAACAAGGCGACGGACGGCUGGUUCUUCACCAACACCACACGCCUCAUGUGGUCCAACGGCGAGUUCGACCCCUGGCGCUCAGCCUCCGUGUCUAGCGAGCUCCGUCCCGGCGGCCCGCUCAAGUCCCGCCCCGGUGCGCCGGUCCACCUCAUCCCGGGAUCCCGCCACUGCAACGAUCUGCUUGUCAGAAACGGCGCGGUCAAUGAGGAUAUGCAGGAGGUCAUCACUGCCGAGGUUGAUCAGAUGAAGGCUUGGGUUGAUACAUUCUAUGCCUCCAAGGGCAAGUACAGACGCCGCUCUGCACGGCCUUUGUGA